CAAUUGUCGGUAAAACCAGUCACCGCUGUACUCUUCACCGGACUGGCUGUGUUUAUAAGUUACCGAGAAAUUUUAUUUCAGCUUAAUUAAAUUACAUACGCCUAGGAGACACGAUGAUUUCGAACGUAUUAGCCGUUGUUAUAUUGCUGACCUCAUCUACACUGGUGCUGUGUCAGCGACCCUCCUUCGCCGGAUCAAGGCCGAUUGGAUUCCCGGAUACACCUAACAGGACCACCACCGUAGCUGUCGGAGACAGAUUUGGCGAUGACGACUCAACAACGCCAAGACUUCCGAUCGAAGCGAACGGAGACUUAGAGUUGAUCGAUAGACUGAGCAAGCUGCCUGUUGACAAGCAGCCCUUCUGGUUCAUCAACUGGCAAGCCUUAGAAGCGCACAGGAAGAACCCACAAACCCACGUGCAGAGGCCUAACGGAUUCAUAGAUCCCAUCAUGCCCAGUCAAAACGCUGCUACCGCCCAAGCAAACUCAAACGCAGUGUCGUCAGUAUCGAGCAGCGGGUCAUCGAACUCCACACCGACCAGUAGCUCGGUUCAAAGCAACGCUAAUGCAGCUAUAGGAGACAGAUUUGAUUCUGACGUCACCAAUGUUAAACCAACGAGCACCGUUGCAAACAAACCCGGCGCGGAAAGUACGGUCACAGCUGAACCCUACAGCCUCCAAUGGUUCGUAAAUCAUUAUUCAACGACAACAAAAAAAACUGACGCGAAAACAUCUCGAUAGAUAUAUUUAUUCGUUUUCAUCCAAAUCACGAAAAUUAUUAUACUUUUAAAACGAAUCCCGAAAAUAUGAUGCGCAACGUUCAACGUGCGAAAGAGACAACGAGAUGUUUCUAUCACACAUCAUUUUUAUAUUUAAAGUAGUAAUAGUUGCCAUCAUUUAAAAAACUAAUUUCAGUUAUAUUAACAAAAUCCAAUGUAUUCGGAUCGGCUUGUUGAUCUAGUAAUUAGUGAGUCUUGCUUCACUGCAGCACGGGAUCAUAUAUUCGAAGACCGUUUGCACGCUGAACGUUUAUUUGGUUGGAAUAAAUCCUUUUUUCAUCCUUCUUUUGAUCAUCCUUUCUUUUCUUUGAAUGAUUUUGAUUCCGUGGUCUAUUUCCAAAUUAAUAAUUAAAAAUUCACGCUUUCAAAUUCAAUAUCGUUGUAAACAAUAGGCAUAAUGUAGAUCCUCAGAAUUGAUGUUGAUAGAAGGGCUGGGUAACCUUAAUAAAUAAUUUAUUAUAGCUUUCAAAAUGUACUGAUGUAUUAAAAAAAUAAAAGAGAAAUGAAUAAAACGCAUUAUACUGACUUUUUAAUAAAUAAAAACCUUAAUUACUAAGCGUAUUCUUACAGCCUAAACCCUCAGGAAUUAGAGUAUAAAAUAUAAAAUAAUUAGAAAAUAGAAAUGCACUUGUUCAUUCCGCUACAUUAUGACUCAAAAAAAACUUAAUAUUUUUCAUUCAGAAAAAAAACUUCGUUUUAGUUUAAUUCUUUCUAUAACUAAACGCAUAUAAUCGUCUGUAGACAUUUAGGAUAAACAUAAUCCUUUACAAACACGAAUUUGUUCCUUCUUUAUAAACUUAUACGAUCAUGCAAGAUCUAAUAUAUUAUGUACUGCAUUAAUUUGUCAAUUACAUAUUCGGAUGGCAUUAAUUCAUAAAAACUUCAUAACGUGAAUACAAAUUAUAAAUGUAUUACCAUCUUACUAAAGGCGCUUUCUCCGAACAAAAAAAUUCAUUCUAGAUGGCGCUUCAUACGUUUUAUUUGUAAUGUGUGAAAACUUUAAUUGCAAUGUUCAUUAUAUUUUAGUCAUUUAAUAAAAUCAUUUCGGCGCUUUCACUGUAUAUGCUUAAACUUUUAAAUAAAAUCAUUAGUACAACACAAUUAUAGUUAAGUUAUAGAAAAAA